GACUCCGAGGAGACCCGACGGCGGAACUUCCGGCGCCGAGGAGGGACGUCCGGGCCCGCAGCGGAAGUAGGGGGGGCGGUGCCAUGGCCGAGGAUCCUUUCCGCCGGGAGAAUCCGGAUUCGAGUAUCCGAUGCUGCUUCAGGCUUGAACCCCGCCUGAGGGACCACAUCUGAGAGGACCCUGCCUGUGUCUGUGGUAUCCGCUUGAAGUCCUCAGGUUGUUGAGGAGGUGAAUGGACCAUCUCCAGCAGUGUUGAAUGUUCAACAUAUGACCGUCCACGUCGGAGAUGGCUGCUUUGCAAAGGAGAGGGCUGCAGACAAGGAUUCUCAGCUCUGAAGAAGAGGAGAAACUGAAGAGAGACCAGGCUUUAGUGUCUGAUUUUAAACAGCAGAAACUGGAAAAAGAGGCUCAGAAGAACUGGGACCUUUUUUACAAAAGAAACAGCACUAAUUUCUUCAAAGAUAGACACUGGACCACCAGAGAGUUUGAGGAGCUCAGAUCAUGUAGAGAGUUUGAAGAUCAGAAAUUGACUAUUCUUGAAGCUGGCUGUGGGGUUGGGAACUGUUUAUUCCCACUUUUAGAAGAAGAUCCAGAUAUCUUUGCCUAUGCCUGUGAUUUUUCUCCAAGAGCUGUGGAAUAUGUCAAGCAAAAUCCUCUUUAUGACACAGAAAGAUGCAAGGUGUUCCAGUGUGAUCUGACCAAAGAUGACCUUCUGGAACACGUGCCCCCAGAGUCUGUGGAUGCUGUCACACUGAUAUUUGUGCUCUCUGCAGUUCACCCUGAUAAGAUGCACCUUGUCUUACAAAACAUUUACAAGGUAUUAAAACCAGGCAGAAGUGUCCUGUUUCGCGACUAUGGGCUGUAUGAUCACGCCAUGCUUAGGUUUAAAGCCGGGAGCAAACUUGCAGAAAACUUUUAUGUUAGACAAGACGGAACCCGAUCAUAUUUUUUCACUGAUGAAUUCCUGGCGCGGCUCUUUCUGGACGCAGGUUACGAAGAAGAGGUGAAUGAAUAUGUGUUUCGUGAGACGGUGAAUAAAAAAGAAGGACUGUGUGUGCCGAGGGUUUUCCUUCAGAGCAAGUUUCGAAAGUCUCAGAAGACCCCAGUUCCUGUUAGCCCGGACCUGGGCCAUGAAUCCUGACCUUCCGCAAUGUUGACCUCUGUGCCUGCCCUUGACGGGCAGAAUUUAAAGUCACUCUUUAUUUUGUAUAUUUUUGUAUUUUAACUUUUUUAAAAGAAUAUGUAUACAAAUAAAAAUACAAAUAUAAUAG